AUGAGGCUCCCACAAAGCCACCCAGCCAGCAGGCACCCCCACCAGACUCACCUGAACUCUCUCCCCUGGGCAGUGGAGGAGGAGAGCCCGAACUUCUGGAACCAAAAGGCAGCUGAGGCCCUGGCAGCAGCUAAGAAGCUGCAGCCCAUUGACACGGCGGCUAAGAACCUCAUCCUGUUCCUGGGGGAUGGGAUGGGGGUGUCCACGGUGACCGCCACCAGGAUCCUGAAGGGACAAAAGCAGGGUCAGCUGGGUCCAGAGGCACUCCUGGCCAUGGACAGGUUCCCAUACCUGGCACUGUCUAAGACGUACAAUGUGGACAGGCAGGUGCCUGACAGUGCGGGCACAUCCACCGCAUACCUGUGCGGGGUUAAGACCAACUUCCAGAUCAUCGGCGUGAAUGCCGCUGCCCGAUACAAUAACUGUAGCUCACAGAAGGGCAACGAGGUCCUCUCCGUGAUGUACCAGGCCAAGAAAGCAGGGAAGUCUGUGGGGAUAGUGACCACUACUACAGUCCAGCACGCCUCUCCAGCCGGAGCCUACGCACACACCGUGAACCGCAACUGGUACUCAGAUGCCAACAUGCCUGCCUCAGCACUCCAGGAGGGCUGCCAGGACAUUGCCACACAGCUUGUCUCCAACAUGGACAUUGACGUGAUCCUGGGUGGGGGCCGAAGGUACAUGUUCCCCCGAGGGACCCCAGACGCCGAGUACCCAGAUGACACCAGUCAGGCAGGAGUCAGACUGGAUGGGAAGGACCUGGUGCAGGAAUGGCUCGCAAAGCACCAGGGGUCCCGCUAUGUGUGGAACCGCACAGAGCUCAUGCAGGCGUCCCAGGACCCAGCUGUGACUCGCAUCAUGGGCCUCUUUGAGCCAGAACACUUGAAAUAUGAAACCGACCGAAACCAGGAGCUGGAACCCUCCCUGGCAGAGAUGACAGAGGUGGCUGUGCAUGUGCUGAGCAGGAACUCCCGUGGCUUCUACCUUUUCGUGGAAGGGGGCCGCAUCGACCAUGGUCACCACGAGACCAUCGCUCAUCGAGCCCUGCAUGAGGGCAUAAUGUUCGACUCUGCCAUUGACAAGGCCAGCCAGCUCACCAGCGAACAGGAAACCCUGACCCUGGUCACCGCUGACCACUCCCACGUCUUCUCCUUUGGGGGCUACACCCUGCGGGGGACCUCCAUCUUCGGCCUGUCACCCAUGACGGCCCAGGAUGGCAAGCCCUACACCUCCAUUGCCUAUGGAAAUGGCCCGAACUUCCAGCAUCCCAGGGCCUACAUCACCCUUGAGGAGACCAGCUCCCCCACCUACCGCCAGUCCGCGGCGGUGCCCCUGUCCUCGGAGACACACAGCGGCGAGGACGUGGCCGUGUUGGCGCGCGGCCCGCAGGCGCACCUCAUGCACGGAGUGCAGGAGCAGAGCUACGUGGCGCACCUCAUGGCCUUCGCUGGCUGCCUGGAGCCCUACACCGACUGCGGCCUGCAGCCGCCCAGCCCCACAGACGCCCCCACGGACGCUGGUCCAGACUCUGCACUGCCUUCCCUGCCGCUCCUGGCCGGGACUGUGCUAUUGCUGCUGCUGGCGGCCACCACUGCGUCCUGAUGGCAGGCCCCAUGGGACUCCACAGGUUGUGCUGGACUCCACGGGGUGUGCAUGUGUCCUCCAGUCUCACCACCCUGCCUCCAGGGGGCGCCCACUCCACGACCUCAAAUGUGACCUUCCGUGCUGCAUGCUCUUUGGUCUCUGCAGAACCGCCACUGCACCAGGCGAGGGCUCAGGCCACCACUCCCCAACCUGCUGCAGCUGGAGGACCCGGCUGCCUCCCUGGGGCUCCUUCCUGGGCCUGGUUUGGGAGCAAAAGCAGCAAUAAAGACUGUGGGACAGCA